AUGGAGAAGUUGAAUGAGGCCGAGCAGCUCGUCACCUUGUCCAUCAAGGCCUAUGUUCGCGAUCUCGAAGCCAUGGAGUCCAAGAUCUUCGCCUACACCGAGACCUUGGGCCAUAUUGCACAGCAACUCGACGUCUACUUCAAUGUGCCUUAUGGACAGCUCAAGUUGAGGAAGACACACCCAAGUAAAGUAAGAUUUCCUUGUGUUUUUAUGUUUUUCAGGUCAAAUUACAUUUUUACUAUUACAAAACGUUAAAAUCGACCUUUAUUUUUGAUAAGCAAGGCCUUUCCUUUACUUUUCAUUAAAUUUUAGGUAACAAAAUCAAUUUAUAUCAAAAUCUUAAUAACACCAUUAUUAAACAGUACUUCGCCUUCAGGAACACGCUGAAUUAAUUUCUUCGAAGUCGGUUUCGCACAGUUCGAAUCUAGUGGAAACACGAUCUACACACAUCCAGGAAGCGUCUGCCCUCAGGGUUCGUUUUGAUUUAUGAUUUUUUGUUUUGUAGGGUAAAUGCACCGAACUUGUAAAUAACAUGUUAUGUUUGUUAUUUUUCGGUAUAAAGUGUUUUUGAAAAACAAAAAACAGUCACAUCAUGUUCACAUUUACCUAAUUAUCUCUUAAACGGGACUACUAUUGAUUUUUGGUUUUGAAAAAAUAAAUAUUUCAUACAAAAUGAAACAAUUGAUUCAAAAUUAUUAUUUUAAUUUCAGAAAACCUUGGAACUGUGCAUCACAGAAUUAGGAAGCAUCAAGAAGAAGCGUCGAGUCUAUGUCAAAGACAAUGUCCGCAUCAACCUGGAUGAUGUUGAAGAUGUCGGUGUGUUCGUGGAUAUCGAGAUCAAGAAAGACGGAUCGCACGACGUAGACAAGAAGGCUGAAGAAGUAAGAAAAGCACUGGGCAUCACGGAAGACAUCGUCGUGUCUUCCACCUACCUCGAACUCUACAGAAAACAGAAGUCGGCGGACAGUGGCUUCGACGAUGAGACCAGCGACGCUUCCGUUUGA